GAAGAAGAGCAGUGUAGAGGAGAGGCAGUCAGAUUAGACGACGCAACGGCGCUGAAAAAACUCCAGUGGAAACGCACACAGACGCGGCUCUUCUCCACAUAAAUACGCAUUAUAUUAUUUAAGUUUGCUUUGUCCAAUUGGAGCGAUCGAAAGGCUGCCCAGUGGAGAGGACGUGCGUGAAAAUCCAGGGCGCGAGUUUUCACCGGAGAGGAGAGUGAAGAGCGUGAGAAACUGCCGCCAGCACAUCCCGAUUCCCAAUUGGACCCAGCCAGGAGUGGAGAGCGUUCCAAUAGGAGUACCGCAGCUGCAGCCCCAACAACAACAACAACAUGGCGCUGGACAGUGGGACGCAAACGAAUGCGCUGACAUCAUCCUUUACCACGAAGAAAAAGGAUGCGGCCGCGGAAAAGGAGAACCUAUGGUCAGCGAUAUUGAAUGAAGUACAAACACAGGGCAGCACAAAACUUCCAUCAAACAAAUCUGUACUAGUAUUAGGCGACAAUGCCACCGGAAAGACGACACUCAUUGCCAAACUGCAGGGCGUCGAGGAUCCGAAGAAGGGUUCCGGCCUGGAGUAUGCCUACAUUGAUGUCAAGGAUGAGUACAGAGACGACAUGACGCGUUUGGGCGUUUGGGUCCUGGACGGCGAUCCAGGACACACAAACCUGCUACACUAUGCGCUCAACGAAACGAACUAUGCACACACACUCGUCAUCCUCACCGUUUCGAUGACGCAGCCGUGGGGCUGGCUGGAGCAGUUGAACCAUUGGAUCAAGGUCCUGGGCCAGCACAUCGAGAGCCUGCAGCUGGACGCCAAAGAGAAGGAGGCGGCCCGCCAGCGACUGGCCACCACGUGGCAGAGCUACUGUGAGGUGGGCGAUGACCUGGAUCCGGGCUCCCCAGUCAAGCGAACGAUGCGCAACAACUCGAUCGACGAGGAUGACCUGCUGCCGCUGACGGAGGACGCACUAAUUACAAAUCUGGGCCUCGACAUCGUUGUUGUGGUCACAAAGACGGACUACAUGACCACGCUGGAAAAGGAGUACGAGUAUCGCGACGAGCACUUUGACUUCAUCCAACAGUGGAUACGUAACUUCUGCCUGCGGCAUGGCACUUCGCUCUUCUACACGAGCGUCAAGGAAGACAAGAACUGUGAUGUCCUCUACAAGUAUCUGACGCAUCGAAUUUAUGGUCUACCAUUCCGUACGCCAGCGCUAGUCGUUGAGAAGGAUGCGGUACUCAUUCCGGCUGGCUGGGAUAGCCUGAAGAAGAUUAGUAUUUUGUACGAGAAUAUGCAUGGAGUCAAGGCCGAGAAUCCCUACACAGAUAUUAUCAAAUCGCCACCAACUAGAAAGGCGGUCUCCAAUCGCGAGGCGGAAGUGCAGACGGAGGAUGAGCAGGCGUUCCUGGCUCGCCAGCAGGAGAUCCUCAAGCAGGGCGACCAGGUGCGCGGUGAGUCGCCACUGCGAUCGCAGGGCGUGGGCAGCAAUAAGAGCGGACCCCGAACGCCCGGCACCGCAGGACAGAGUUCACCCAAAAAGAUUGAUCCCAAGCUGACGCCAGCCACGCCCGGCGCCGAAGGCGUUCUGGCCAACUUCUUUAACUCGCUGCUGCACAAAAAGUCGGGUAGUCCGGCGAGCGGCGGUUCCGGUGGAGCCGGUAAUCCGGCGGGUCCGGGCCGCACUGCCAACGGUACGGAUGCAGUAAUGACGCCCGAGAAGCUGGCCGUUCGCACAGAUGCAGCCGCCGAACUGGACCGAUUAUCGCGCAGUGUGAAAAAAGAGAUCGACAUGUCGCAGAGUGAGUGUUGAGCCGUAGUCAACCAGGAGUAGCAACACAGACACCACAGCAAAACAGGAGCGGCAGCAGCAACCAGAGAACCACAACAACAUGAAAACGUUAUUAAAGCAUCAAGUGAAGAGCAGAGACUCGUAGACAGUUGCAGCGCUGGAUAGCCACGAAAGAGAUCAUAAUUUGGAACAGCUGCUGGAUCAUCCAAUGGUCCGCAUGUUGGUGUACGGGCCUUUAUCAGUUUCGGGGGGUUGCUCUUAAGUUGUUAAAAUCCCCGGAAAGUGAUCAGUGCCCAGAGAUUGUUCUUUAUAACCACUUCAAAUCUUUCUGGUACUCAUUUGAUGAGUCCCAUAACCACUAGUGAUCCUUUUUACGAGCCUUCUGCUUUAUACUCAAACACUUUCGAUAGGAAAUAUAACAAAAAACAAAACAAAACGACAACUAGGAAUGAGAACAUUUGGGACAUUCGCCACUUAAUGGAUUAGCUUAGAAAAAAUGUUUUCUAUUUGAAGAAGGGAUAUUGUCUGCGAGGCAUCUUGUACUCCUCCCUGCGCAGCUAGCCCCGCUCUGCAUGUGUUUAAUGGGCCUUGGCGAAGGUGAAAGAGAGAGGAUUAUGAUAAUGAUAAUGAUUACGAUAAGGAUAAGGAUAAAGUGAAGUAGGUUUUUUUUUCGUUCGCGGGUCCACACACACAUCUGUAUAAUAAAUUAUUUAAAGAGCUGUAAAAUGUAAUUAACAAACGGCAGACAAACGAGAGAGAUUCGAACAAUUCACGAUCCCUGCGAUGCGUAUGGUUUGCUCCUAGCCUGUAUGUAUUUUUUAAUUAUAUUAAUUAUUAACACACACACACACCCA